AUGCUGCACUUAAACGGCACAGAGCUGCAGACUCUCCUGCUAUCCUUCCUACAGCAAUGUCUGAAUGGCACAGGUUUACCGAUCCUAGUACUCUCUCAGAACUACACUACCCAGCAGGCCAUUCUCCCAGUGGGCGGAGCUAUGCCUAAGGCUCAAACUCAGGGAUUUGUGUACAUUCUACUGAUGGUAGGUAUGUUUAGUUUCUUCACGUUUGGUAUCAUGCUGAGCUACAUCCGCUCCAAGAAGCUAGAGAGCUCCCACAAUCCGUAUCACCAGUACAUUGCCCACGACUGGACCAAAGGACUCACCCUCCCACGGGCCGUUACACAGGCACUGCACGGGGCAGACACACGUAUUGGAGACAACGGGAAGAACCCCAUGGUCAUCUUCAACCCUGCUGCAUUGGAGCAGCUCCCAGGAUAG